AUGCGACGUUCCGUUGUGUCUCUAUCUACCACACUCCCGCCAGGCCCUGUCUUCGCCGUCCUUCUCGCGCUAUGGCUGCUCUCGGGCUUGGCGUUCGCGGCGUGGCUCUGCUACUCCACGCACGCGGCGUACCUUGGCGAUCGCUACCGCCGCCUCGACACGUGGUGCUACGAGCGCGCCAAGCUCUUCGAGCAGCACACGCUCACCACCGUCAGCCAGAUACGGACUCUGGCGGGGCUGGCGUCGGUGAUGGGCAAGCCAAGGGGCCACGGCAACUGGACGUGGGACAGGUGCCUCACGGAGCAGCGCUGGAUCGCCUACCUCAACAAGACCAAAUAUUCCCGACCAGGGGACACGGGCGCCAUGGUCUGCCUCUUCGUUACAGAUGCAGAGAGGCCUGCCUUUGAGAGUUUCUACGGCGGCCCCAUUCUCGACACCACGCUGUCGCCACGGCAGAAGGAGCCUAUGUACUGCCCCAAGCUGCUGGAGCUGCACACAUUCCGGAAGGGGAUCAUUUUGCUCAUUGACAUCAUGCAGCGCGGGGCUGCAGAGCUCUCCUACAUGCGCAGGACGGGCGACAUUGUCUUCAGCCGUGUCGUGCCCAUCGCAGACCUCUCUCUCAACAUCACCGGCUUCGCGGUAGCAUUGCCCAUCUUGCAGCAUGCGCUGCCACCGAAUCCCAUGGAGCAGCAGGCGGAGGAGGCAGUGCUGGGAGCAGCUGGGGCGAAUGUGGACCUCGGGUCCAUCGCCCGCCACGUGCUGCAGAACGUCUUCACGCCAGACCCCAGCAUCACAUUCGAGGUGUAUGACAUCACAGACCCCAAGGGCCCGGCAAUGAUCUACGGCCCGGGCCCACGCCUCGUGUUCUACCGCGAGCGUGACAGCCUGCCCAUCACCGACAUCUCGCCCCCCAAUGUCACGCGCCCCUGGGAGGAGCGCUCUGUCGUGCCGCUAGAGCUGCUCGGGGGCCGCCUGCGGCGCUACCAAGUGUGGUGCCGCUACGUGGAGGCACCAAGCACAUGGCUCUCCUGGGGAGUGCCCGUCCUGUGGGCGGCGCUUGCUCUCGUGGUGACGGCACUGAUAGCAGCUGUGGCGUGGCAGCAGCGGGUGGGGUACAUGCGCAGCGAGGAGAGCAUGGCAGCGGCGGACCAGUUGAGAGCGAAGUCGAGGGCAGCGGAGCGGUCGAAGAGCUCGUUCGUGGCGUCCAUGUCGCACGAGCUGCGCACACCCAUGCUCGGCAUCGUGGGGCUGCUCGAUGCUCUCGAGGACCGCCGCCUCUCUGCCGCCCAGCUGCACGACGUGGCUGCGGCGCGCACUGCCGCGUACGACACGGUGCGCCUCGUCAACCGCGUGCUCGACCUCUCCAAGCUCGAGGCGCGCCGCAUGGCGCUCUGCUGCUCGCAGUUUGAACCGCGCGCGUGGCUGGAGGAGGUCGUGGUCGGUUACUGUGAGCUGGCGCGGAAGAAGGGCAUCGAGGUGGCGGGCAUGGUGGACACGGGAGUGCCUGCAUUGCUUCACAUGGACACCAUGCGACUCACUCAGGCGCUCAAGGAACUCAUAGACAACGCCAUGUGCUACACGACCCAUGGGCACGUGCUGGUGCGAGCGUACGUGUGCCCUGCCACCACCUCCCUCGAGGACUUUCUCCACCACCACCUCUAUACCCCGCUCCACCCCCCUCCUCCACCUCCUCGCCACUUGUUCUUCUCCUGGGCGGCCUACCUGCACACACAGCUGGGGCUUCUCUUCAAUGGAGCUGCUGCAGCUUGCUGGGAGGAGAAGGGGCCGCUAGAUGAGGGCGAGGGGGAUGAGGACCCCUCCCAGUCAGCUGUUCCGGGAGACCAAGAACAAGUGGGGGAGACGAUGGGAGAUGGAGGAGGGGACGAUCCUGGGUGGAGCAAUGGGGGUGAGGAGAUGCAGCUGGUGCUGUCGUGUUCCGACACGGGCUGUGGGUUUGACUCGACAAAAGAGGAGGUGUCAGAGUUCAAGGGGCGAUCGGAGAGUGGAGGAGCGGGCCUGGGGCUUGUGCUCGUGCACCAGCUGGUGGCCCUCAUGGGCGGCCGCGUUGCCUGUCUCUCCCACCCCGGCACCGGCUCCACCAUCGCAUUCUCCGUGCCCUUCGCUCGAACCCGCCGCCCCCCUGCUCCCCCUCCUGCUGCUGCCCCUCACACUCACCAUGCGGGAAGGGCAGACGGGCGAGAAGGGGGCGAGAUAGAAGAGGAGGAUGGGAGGUCGACAGGGGAGGGAUGGGGAUGUGGCACGUGGUGGGGGGGUAGUGGGGGAUGCUGCAGCAGUUUGAAGGAGGGGAGCUGGCUGCGAGGGUGUACAGGCAGGGGGAGGCGGCAGGGGUUGGAUGCACGGCGCUUGGGCAUGCAGGGCAUGGGGGAGAGGAAACCGUGCAGGGGGGAAGAGGAGGAACAUGCGGGGUGCACGAGGGGCGUUUUAGGGGUGGCUGUGGGCGUGGUGGGGCCGGAAGGCAGCACGCGAGAGCUCACGGCGCUCAUGCUGGCGGGUCUAGGAGCUCACGUGCACGUGCUGCCCCACGCUCUGGAUCGCUUGCAAGCCGCUGACGCCCGUACUGCUGAGGGGGGGACAGGCAGAGCUGAGUGGAGCUGCGAGGAUGCAGCGAGGGAACAGGGGGGGGCGGGUGAGAUGAGAUAUGUGGAGUGCGGAGUGAGUGGCUUGUGUGGUCCGACGGGCGGGGAAUCCAGGGAGGAGGCGGGAGGGAGAGGUGGUGUGGGAGAGGGAGGGGAUGAAGAAGAGGGUAGGGAGGCCAUGCCAUGCGUGGUGGUGGUGAAUGAAGAGGACCUGUGGUGGCAGCAGGGAGGGGGAGCAGCAGCAGGCAUGCGGUGGGACAGGGACAGUGAGCCUGAUGCGUGCAAGGGUGAUCCCCUGUGUGGAUGGAGCGGGCAAGGGGGUGGGGGCAGAAGCACGGGUGUGGUGGCGCUGGCGCCGGGGGAGGCAGCAGCAUGGCAGGCAGCAGCAGUGGGGCUUGUGAGGCGCACACAGGGGAGAGAGGAGCUAGUGGUGUGCUUCCGCCCUCUGCUCUCCCACUACCUACACCACGCCGUCCAGGUGGCAGCGUUUGGAGUGGAUUCCGAGAGUGCAUGCCAUGGCAAUUCAAAGUACGUGUCAGUGCAGGUUAGCCCCGAUUCUACCCGGCAAGCACAGCAGGGCACGCAGCAGGAGAGCAGCAAUGGGAGGUCAGAGCAGCGGAUUCCAUUCAAGCGGUGGAGUGAAGACACGCCGCGUAGCAGCAGCAGGGAUGGUAAUGCAGGGUGUGGUGAGGGCCAGAAGGGUGGCAGUGUGUGGGGUGAGAUGAGUGACAGUGGUUUCGUGAACGUGAGUUCACAUACAGUGGUGAGGAGCGUGAGUGAGCGUACUGCAAGCUUGGAAGGAGUGGAGCCUUCUAGCUACACAGCAACGCGGAGGGCAGCAGCCGCAGGAGCGGCGGGAGCAGCAGCAGGGGGGGCAGGGGGGUUGGUGGCGGGGUGGCGGGUGCUGGUGGUGGACGACACGGCAGUCAACCUGCUGGUGGCCCGCCGCACUCUCACUCGCUGCGGCGCCACCGUCAGCACGGCGGGCAGCGGGGAGGAGGCGGUGCGGCGUGUGGCGGCGGCUGUGAGUGCGGCAAGCGAUGGCGCGGCGGCGGAUGCCAGCGCUGUGCUGGAUGUGGUGCUCAUGGACCUGCAGAUGCCCGCCAUGGACGGGUUCAUGGCAACAGAGGCGAUACGCGAGCUCGAGAGGUCUGCAGCUCUGAGAUCCACCCCGACAGCACAAGCAGCAACUGACGGCGGUGCACAAAUGCACACGCAGGGUGGUGCUGCAUCUCACUCUCUCGCUCCAGUCACCACGCUGACACGAGUGCCCAUACUGGCUCUCACAGCAGAUGUGGAUGCUCACAUCACGCAGCGGUGCCUUGCCAGUGGCUUCGAUGGCAUUUUGCAGAAGCCCAUUGACCCCAAGCAGCUCGCCAAUUUAAUGCUACGGAUAGAAAAGCCUCCCCGGUUCGGACCGUUGAGAACGAUUUCACAUCCGACAACAUGA